AUGACGGGAAGUGACUUGUGCCUAAUGAUGAGAUGUGACUUGUGCCUAACAAUGAGAUACGAUUUGUGCCUAAUAAUGAGAUACGACUUGUGCUUAAUGGUGAGAUGUGACUUGUGCCUAUUGGAGAGAUGUGACUUGUGCCUAAUGAUGGGAAGUGACUUGUGCCGAAUGAUGAGAUGUGACUUGUGCCUAAUGAUGGGAUGUGACUUGUGCCUAAUGAUGGAAAGUGACUUGUGCCUAAUGAUGGGAUGUGACUUGUGCCUAAUGAUGAGAUGUGACUUGUGCCUAAUGAUGGAAAGUGACUUGUGCCUAAUGAUGGGAUGUGACUUGUGCCUAAUGAUGAGAUGUGACUUGUGCCUAAUGAUGGGAAGUGACAUGUGCUUAAUGAUGGGAUGCGACUUGUGCCUAAUGAUGAGAUGUGACUUGUGCCUAAUGAUGGGAAGUGACUUGUGCCUAAUGAUGAGAUGUGACUUGUGCCUAAUGAUGGGAUGUGACUUGUGCCUAAUGAUGAGAUGUAACUUGUGCCUAAUGAUGAGAUGUGAUUUGUGCCUAAUAAUAAGAUACGACUUGUGCCUAAUAGUUAGAUACGACUUGUGCUUAAUGGUGAGAUGUGACUUGUGCCUAUUGGUGAGAUGUGACUUGUGCCUAAUGAUGGGAAGUGACUUGUGCCUAAUGAUGAGAUGUGACUUGUGCCUAAUGGUGAGAUGUGGUUUGUGCAUAAUGAUGAGAUGUGACUUGUGCCUAAUGAUGGGAUGUGACUUGUGCCUAUUGGUGAGAUGUGGUUUGUGCAUAAUGAUGAGAUGUGACUUGUGCCUAAUGAUGAGAUGUGACUUGUGCCUAAUGGUGAGAUGUGGUUUGUGCAUAAUGAUGAGAUGUGACUUGUGCCUAAUGAUGGGAUGUGACUUGUGCCUAAUGAUGAGAUGUAACUUGUGCCUAAUGAUGAGAUGUGACUUGUGCCUAAUAAUGAGAUACGACUUGUGCCUAAUAGUGAGAUACGACUUGUGCUUAAUGGUGAGAUGUGACUUGUGCCUAUUGGUGAGAUGUGACUUGUGCCUAAUGAUGGGAAGUGACUUGUGCCUAUUGGUGAGAUGUGACUUGUGCCUAAUGAUGGGAAGUGACUUGUGCCUAAUGAGGAGAUGUGACUUGUGCCUAAUGGUGAGAUGUGGUUUGUGCAUAAUGGUGAUAUACGACGUCCCUAUUGGUGAGAUGUGA